UUGACGGAUAAAGCCAGUGUCAUUGGCUUCUCUCAACUUAACUCCAAUGCUUCAAAAUCGUAUCCUAUCAACUCUGCUUCUUCUACUGUUUAUCAUCCAUUUGCGCAUACAUAUAAUGUUCCAAAGCAAAAGAAGUAUUUUUUUCUUUUUCCACUAAAAUCCUUUCAUUUGAGGAAACCAUUGCCGGGACAAAGAAAGCCAUGCAACUGUACGAAAUCAAUGUGUCUGAAACUGUACUGCGAUUGUUUUGCUAACGGAGAAUUUUGUUUGGAUUGCAACUGCAAAGACUGUCAUAACAACCUGGAACAUGAUGCUGAUCGUUCAAAAGCUAUAAAGCAGUCAUUGGAAAGGAAUCCAAACGCUUUCAAACCAAAAAUAGGUGUAAAAAGUGGCAAGUUGGAUGCGGAAAGACUCCAUCAAAAAGGUUGUCAUUGCAAAAAGAGCGGAUGUCUUAAGAAUUACUGCGAAUGUUUCGAGGCAAAAGUCCCUUGCACAAGCCGCUGCAAAUGUCAGGGUUGCCAAAAUACUGAAGGGGACCCCCAUACUUUUUGCAUCUAUUUAAGGAUGAAUACAACCAGCUCAGCUUUGAUGAAUUUGGCACAUUCUUCGUCAUCUGUCACUACAGAAUCUCCAUCGACGCUAUCGGAUAAUGAUUCCGACACAGAGUCAUCACUUCGAAACGAUCCCAGAUCGUACCCAUGGUUCUAUAUGACGGACGAAGUUAUUGAGGCUGCAACACUGUGUCUCGUUGCACAGGCUGAAGAAUCGGUAGGCAAAUAUAAUGUUGUUGAAGAGAUGGAACGCAUGGUUUUGGGAGAGUUUGGAAGGUGUUUGCAAGAAAUUAUAUCAAAUCAACAUUUCACAGGCUGUGCUUUCUGUGGUGAACUGAGUAGAGGACCUUCCACUUUGACCACCUGA